AUGACACCGUACAGGAUUGCACUGACCAAUCUCAGGGACGAGCGCCACUUGUUCUACGAAACUUAUGACGAACAUAAAUCUACGUCGCACCCUGUUACGCUGCCAGAUUACAUUGUGUCAAGACGACAUGGACAUAGAAGCAAAAGCCAUGGUAACAAAAUAGUGGGUGGUUACGAUACAACCAUACAAGACUUUCCAUAUCAAGCGUAUCUGCUUUUACAGAAGGGUUCGGAUUAUUAUCAGUGUGGAGGAUCAAUUAUAAGCGACAGUUACAUCUUGACGGCAGCGCAUUGUCUAUCUGGGGUAUCAAAAGUGUUUGCAAGAGUGGGGAGUACGGAUGCAGACAGUGGAGGUACUCAAUACAAGAGCACCCAUUUCAAAGCUCACCCUAAAUACAAUCCUGGAACUUUGGACUACGACGUGGGACUCAUCCAUUUCUCAAACAAGAUCAAUUUGGAUGGAGAGAAUGCCAAAGCAAUUCAACUAGCUGAGAGUGGCAGCUCUGUCCCACCAGAUACUACUCUAACAGUAUCAGGCUGGGGUGCUACUUCUGAAAAUGGAGACGUCAGUCCAACUUUGAUGGCUGUGCAAGUUCCGACUGUAUCUACUGAAGAAUGUAAUAAUUCGUACGGAGACAUCACAGUGAGGAUGAUUUGCGCUGGUGUCCCCGAAGGUGGCAAGGACUCGUGCCAGGGUGAUUCGGGAGGUCCGGCGGUAGGGGAUGGUCCGAUUCAAUUAGGAAUAGUAUCGUUCGGCGUAGGUUGCGCCCGUCCUGGUUAUCCCGGAGUUUACUCCAACGUGUCAGCCUUACGGAAUUGGAUUAGGAAAAACUCUGGCCAAGAAAAGAUCUUAAGUCUGGAGUUGGGAAGUUGGCGGAGUUGGUUGGAGUCGUGUCUCCCACCUACCGUCCCAUCGGACUAUGAGAAUGUUGAAUCGAGUGUUCCAGAUAACUCGACCAAAAGAUUCCACGAUGACCAUUACAUAGUGGGUGGAUACAAUGUGACUAUACAGGAAUUUCCCUACCAAGCGUAUCUGUUAUUGAAGAAGGGUCGGCAAUAUUAUCAGUGUGGGGGGUCCAUUAUAAGUAACCGUUACAUAUUGACUGCGGCGCAUUGCCUAACUCGCGUAUCCAAAGUGAUAGCGAGAGUUGGGAGUUCUGAAGCCGACUCAGGUGGCACCCAAUACACAUCGCGCGAAUUCAAGAUACAUCCUCGUUACGAUCGAAGUACCUUCGAUUACGACGUCGGUUAUGUCCGAUUCGAAAACAUUUUUAUAGACGAAGUGAAUACUGCUAUUGUAACGCUCGCAGAGAGUGGCACGCGGGUGCGUCCUGGAACUUAUCUCACUGUGACUGGUUGGGGAGCGACAGAGGAGGAUGGCGAUACAUCCGAGAAUCUGAUGGCAGUUCAGGUACCGGUGGUAUCAAAUGCGAGAUGCAGGCAGUCGUAUGAUACUAUCACGUCCAGAAUGAUAUGCGCCGGGGACGAAGAAGGCGGCAGGGACUCCUGCGGGGGUGAUUCCGGAGGUCCUGGUGUAACAGAUGACAGAGUGCAAAGGGCAAUAGUCUCCAAUGGCAUCGGCUGCGCCAGGCCCGGGAUACCAGGGGUGUAUACAAACGUGGCUAGCGUACGCGAAUGGAUUAGACGUAAUACAGGCGUAUAAAAUGAAAUAACGAAAUAUUUUUGUGA